AUGGACUCGCCAUCGUCAUCCUACGCCGGCCAGAAGCGCAAGGUCGCCGACAUGAGCUCCGAUAGCGAGGAUGACCGCCCGACCACCGGCUUUAAAGGUUUCGCCAGAGCGCGAGAGCCUUCCGAAUCGCCUCCGAGAAUGGGCGGCCUCGGUAGCGCCAAUCGCAACCCCUGGAAUAAUAUGAACAAUGGUAUCGGAGAGAAUACGGCGGCCCGCGGUGGAGGUGCCGCCCGCGGAAGAAAGGGCGCCGGAAACUCAUUUGCCGCGCGCAUGAUGGCGAAGAUGGGUUACAAGGAGGGGCAGGCCCAGGCGCGCCCACAGGGUGCCGGUCUGGGUGCAGUUCGAGAGAAGACCAAGCAGGCACGCGACGAGGAACGACGAGAUGCUAAGCGCAGAGGCGAAACAGUAGAAGAAAGCUCCGAUGAGGAGAAGCAGAGACGUCGAAGAAAGAAGGAUGGACGCAAGUCAGAGUCUCGCAGUGGCACAGGCACCCCAGUUCCGCGACCCAAGAAGCCUCAAUUCCGCACAGCGCUUGAGUUGGAAGCCGAUAUGCAGGGUCUCGAGGUGCCGAACGUGCUAAAGUCGCUCAUUGAUGCCACUGGCAAAGAACAACGCACCCUGACAUCGACUGCUGGCUUGAUGGCUGGCCCAGGAUUUGUCGGCUCGGGCGAAGGGGAAGCAUUGAAGCUCGCUCGACGGGCUCGCCAUGAUUUGGAGGCAUUUGCAGACGAAUGGAAAGGCUUGACAGAGAGGAAGAAUUUCAUUGAGAUCGAAGAGGCGCAGGUCGUGGACGAACUAGACGCUUACCAAGCCCGUCUGAAUCAUCUGACCGGGCUGAUCGCCGCCGUGGAAGAGCUGGAUCUCUUUGAACAUGAUGAAAAUAUUGCGGCGAAAUUCGACGAAAUGACGGGCAAGCUUGAAAAUAUCAAAGCACAAUACGAGGAUGUCAUGGACGAGUACAAGCUAGCUGAGGCUGCAGUAGCUGCUAUGCACCCACUGUUUCGUCAGGCCAUGGAAGAAUGGGAGCCCUUACAAAACCCCACGUUCCUGGUGUCGAAUCUCACGCGCCUUCAACCACUUCUCGCUCGUCGAAGUGAAAAGGAAGAAUUCCAAAGGCAAUCAACAUCGCCGUACGAAACGAUGAUAUACACUCUCUGGCUUCCGCGCGUCCGCUCGGCUCUGAUGCAUGAUUGGGACGUUUACGACCCGACUGCUGCGACCACCUUGGUCAAUUCGUGGAGGGCGAUCGUUCCUCCAUUUGUCCUUGCCAAUCUUCUCGACCAACUGGUUGUUCCAAAGCUCAGCGCAGCAUUGAAGGAGUGGAAGGCCCGAAGCAGCCGACGACACCCAUCUCAGCAUGAUGGGAAGUUUCCGUGGUGGCUAUUCCAAUGGCUGCAAUACCUGGAUGAAAAACAUACCAAUCCGAAGCAGCCAACGGGUCUCAUGUCAGACACUAAGAGAAAGUUCCGUGUGGUGCUCGACUCAUGGAGCCUUCACAGGGAUCUUAUCAGUGGCUUAGACCUCUGGAAGGAGGCUCUCGGUAGCGAGUUUGAUAUCUGUCUCCGAAACCAUUUAUUACCUCGCUUGGCACGUCACCUCCGCGAAGACUUUGUCGUGAACCCCCAGGAACAAGAUCUAACGGCACUGGAGGAUGUCCUCCGGUGGAAGGACUACUUCCAGCCCAUGGUGAUGGGCGAACUACUUGUCUCUGGUUUCUUCCCUAAGUGGCACGAGAUACUCUACAUUUGGCUCACCAAUGAUCCCAACCUGGAGGAAGUUGCUACGUGGUUCUCUUGGUGGAAGGAACAAAUCCCAGCCGAGAUCAACGAAAUUCCCAAAGUGGAUAGCGAGUGGAGUAAGGGUAUUCAAAUUAUGCAUCAAGCUGCGGAGCUUGGAGAUCGCGCAGCUGCCGAACUUCCACGUCCAGCUACUGCUCGCGCUACGCUUCCCACUCGUGAAGACAACGUGGCUGAAGCAGCAGCAGCAGCAGCAGCAGCUCCUCCACCAACACCUAAAGCACACAUCGAGGAGGAGAUUUCUUUCAAGGAUAUUCUGGAAAAUUGGUGCGUCGAACAGGGUCUAAUCAUGCUGCCGCUGCGUGAGGCACACCCGCAAACCGGACAUCCACUGUUCCGCAUUACAGCCAGCGCAACUGGAAGAGGUGGAGUGGUGGCCUUCUUGCAAGGCGAUAUUGUGAUGGUACAAAACAAGAAAACCAAAGAUGUAUGGGAGCCCAUGGGCUUGGAUGAUCAGUUGAUAGCGUGCGCCGAGGGCCGCUAG